AUGUCUUUCCAGAGUACCAAGGGAGCCUACCCCCCGGGUGAGAUCAUCCAGAUCGGUGGUCUCAGUACCGGUUACCCCAGCUUGGAAUUGUUGGUGAACCGACACGCUGAGGCGUGGACCUCAUUCUGUGGAAUGAUUGUCCAGGAAGUCAAUAAGUCCGACCAGGCAGACCAGCCCAGUGCGCCGGGUAAGCCUGAGGAAAUUUUCCUCAAGCUGUUCGACAGGAGACACGCGACCGAUCUCCGAUCGGACAACUGCAUCGGCCUCUGGGGACAACACAGGGAGCGGGCCUUCAUUGAAGGCAUCUACAACGAACAAGUGGACAGAAUUCUGUGCAGGCUGCACAAUGAGCCAGGCUUCUACCAGAAAACUGAACCGCACCGAGACUACGCAGAUGACGAGGCGUUCCUUUGGAACGAAAGCAUCACCUCUUUUCACAGGGAGAAGAUCAUUUACUCCACCCUGGCGAAGCACCAAGGCGACCUGGUGCCACUGUUUCUCGGCGAUGUCACGCUGGAUGUGCGCCCGUCCGACUUCAAGGGAUACUUGCCGGAGGUUCUAUUCCAGGUUCGAGGCCUCCUCCUGGAGCAUCCCCAGGGAUUCUCCCUGGCUGAUGUUGCCAACCAUGCGCCACAGUCGUCGUGGCAGGGAAUCUGUGAUAAAGCGAUGAAUAUCGUGCGCGUGCUCAACGGAGAAGGGAUUAUCAACCGGGGCGUGGCGCCUGACCAGUUUGUCGUCGUGCCUGAGGAGGGCGGCGAAUAUCGCGUCUGUUUGAUGAGCUUAGAUCGGUGCGAAAUUCGCGAGGACGAAUCUGAUGAGGAAUGGGCGCGUAAGAAAUGGUUCGCUGCCGAGGAGGACCGUCUGGCCAGAGCUAUGAAGGACCAGCUCAAGGGAAACGGCGACUUUGAGCUCCGAUUCGAGCCCUCUUUGAAAUAG